GUAGGACAGUCGCCUCACCAGUCACCUCCACUCCUUGACGUCGUCGCAUUGUUUUCUUAUGUUGCGACGUGCACCCACCCUCAACGACGGAAAAGUACUCGACCGCCUCCAAGAGAGUGUCAGGAUCAACAGUCCAUUCAAGCCUCCGAGCUUUACAGCUGUCACUGACCGCGCUCAAACAAUUCGAAAACGGAAACGAGUUUCCUACAAGGGGCAACAAGGGGAUGAUUCAGACUCUGAUGAGGAUGGUCGGAAGAAGAAAAGAAAGAAGGACGACAAGGACGCAUACCAUAAUGAAGCGGAGCUCUUAGCUGCUGUGAAGACAUACCCGGUGUUCAAGCCAAAACCGUUCAAUCAGUGUCGUGGGUUUUCCAUGCCUUCGAUGAAGAAUAAAGAUGGAGAAAAUAUUCCUCUUUUUGCUUCCAACGUCUCUCUCGGCACCCGACCGCAGGCGAGACUCAUUCCGCGACCGUUACACGAUCCUAUGGAAGAUCAUGCCAUUGUCCUGUACGAUCCCACUAUAGACGAUCAGGAGACUGACGAGGAGCGAAGAGAGAGGAUGAAGGAGGAGGAGAAGACGAAAGCUCUGUUAGAGGCGCAAGAGAAGACCGCAGGCCUUUACAACCCUCACAAGAGCCUAAAAGCUUUGUUGGGUGAAGACAAGAACAAGAAGGAGGCUAUAGCAAAGGUUCCGGUAGUCAUCGACCCACGGCUUAGCAAGGUUCUGCGGCCGCAUCAGGUUGAAGGCGUGAAAUUCUUGUACAAAUGUACAACGGGCAAGGUUGUCGAGAACCAGUACGGCUGCAUUAUGGCCGACGAGAUGGGGCUCGGGAAAACGCUACAAUGUAUCGCUCUACUAUGGACCUUGAUUAAACAAUCGCCUCACGCUGGGAAACCAUCCAUCGAGAAGUGCAUUAUCGCUUGCCCUUCCAGUCUUGUCAAAAAUUGGGCUAAUGAGCUGGUAAAAUGGCUCGGUCAGGAUACCAUCAAUGUUUUGGCAGUUGAUGGCAAGGGUGGUAAAACCGUCCUUCUUGAGAAAGUUGCUCAAUGGGUGGCAGCUCGUGGUCGGAACGUAACGCAACCAGUUAUGAUCGUCUCAUACGAAACGCUACGAACACUAUCUGUGUAUCUAGCAAAUUGCACUAUUGGUCUCCUGCUCUGCGAUGAGGGACAUAGACUGAAGAAUUCAGAAUCCCUGACUUUCACUGCCCUGAACGCCCUUGCUGUCAAGCGUCGCGUUAUACUUACAGGAACGCCUAUCCAGAACGACUUGUCUGAAUAUUUCUCUCUGCUCAACUUUGCGAAUCCCAACUUCCUGGGUACUAAGGGUGAUUUCCGAAAAAAUUUCGAGAACCAUAUCAUCCGCGGUCGGGACGCCAUGGCAAGCGACGCGGUGAAGGCUGAAAGUGAAAAGAAACUGAAGGAACUUGGUGGUCUCGUAACGAAAUUUAUCAUUCGAAGGACUAAUGACCUUCUUUCGAAAUAUCUUCCGGUCAAAUAUGAACAUGUCGUGUUCUGUGGCCUUUCAGAUUUCCAGCUGUCACUAUAUCGGUUAUUCAUAUCUUCGCCAGAAAUCAAGGCAUUACUACGGGGCGCUGACUCUCAGCCACUCAAAGCUAUCAACAUUCUUAAGAAGCUGUGCAAUCAUCCAGAACUCCUGAGCCUCCCCGAAGACCUUCAGGGAUCCGAACAUCUGAUACCAGAAGGUUUUGUCGGUGCCGGAGCGUCAGGUGGUGGCAGUAGAGGAGGCGGAAGAAACCAAACAGUUCGCUGUGAUUGGGGUGGCAAGUUCCUCGUUCUCGAAAGGUUUCUGCAUCAGUUACGAACAACAACGAAUGACAAGAUCGUUCUCAUCAGUAAUUACACACAAACGCUCGACCUAUUUGAGAAAUUAUGUCGGAGCAAGAAAUACGGAUUCUUUCGUUUAGACGGGACUAUGACAAUUACCAAGCGCCAGAAGCUGGUUGAUCAGUUCAACAACCCUGAAGGGAAGGAAUUCAUCUUUUUACUUAGCAGUAAAGCUGGUGGAUGUGGUAUCAAUCUUAUUGGCGCCAACCGUCUUAUUCUUUUCGACCCUGACUGGAACCCUGCUGCCGAUCAACAAGCUCUUGCUCGAGUGUGGCGAGACGGUCAGAAGAAAGAAUGCUUUGUGUACCGAUUCAUCUCAACGGGAACCAUCGAGGAAAAGAUCUUCCAACGACAAGCUAACAAACAGGCUCUUUCUUCUGCUGUUGUGGACGAAAAUGAAAACACCGAGCGCCACUUCUCAAUUGACGCAUUGCGACAACUGUUUUUGUUCAACGAGAAUACACUUUGUGAGACGCAUGAAACGUUCAAGUGCAAACGAUGCAAAAAUGGCAAGCAGAUAAUUAAGGCUCCGGCUUUACUAUACGGCGAUGCCAGCACAUGGAAUCAUUUCACUAAUGAGGAGCUCAAGAACAACCACGAUGAUCUUUUACGAGCUGAAGUUGGAUUACCUGAGAUCUCGUUUGUCUUUCAGUAUAUUAGCCAUUAGUUUCUAUCCCUCUAGCCUCAAGGACGGUGCAUUAUACUCACAUUAUGGAAUCUGUACAUCAUUGUAAUACUUGCUAGCCCAGUGAGUUCAGGAAAAUGAUUGAGUUUUCAAUUGUAUAUCC